AUGGUUAAGAAUAAGUACCCACUACCCAUAAUUGAUGACUUAUCCGAUCAAUUGCUUGGAGCUACUGUAUUUUCAAAAAUUGAUCUUCGCUCGGGGUUCUAUAAGAUGAAGGUCAAGGGGUUAGAUGUUACGAAGACUGCCAUCCGUACUAGAUACGGUCAUUAUGAGUUCCUGGAGAGCUUUAAGAAAUUGGAGAUAGCUUUGACUGAAGCUCCAGUUUUACCACAACCUGAGCCUGGGAAGGAUUUUAAGAUUGACUACCAUCCGGGUAAAGUUAAUGUCGUUGUAGAUGCUAUGAGUCAGAAGGAGAUAACUGAUCUGAAGUCCCUAUUUUCUAGGAUGAAGUUAUAUGACGAUGGUAUUCUGUUUGCUGAAUUGCAGGAUGGAGUUUUAUGCUUCAAAGGUCAUUAUUGUGUACCUGAUGAUGCAGAGUUGAGACAGACUAUCCUUAGUGAGGCUCACAGUAGCCCUUAUGCGAUACACCCGGAGGGGAUAAAACGUACUGAAAUCUGA